AGAGCCGAGAGACGGAAAAUGGCGCUGACGUGAGCGCGAGCUCGCAUUGCCCAGAGGGUGGCCGCCGCCUAAACUGGAGCCGCCGAAGCCGCAGGAACAAGAGGCCGAGCCGUGUCGAAGAUGGAGGAGAAACCCUCAGGACCCAGCCCAGACAUGCCGGCCACUGCAGAGCCCAGCUCCAGUGAGACCGACAAGGAGUUGUUGUCCCCGGCUGUGCCAUCUGCCGCCACCUCCUCCUCCAUGGCGGAGGAGCCGGGCCCUGAGCAGGCAGCCACACCACCAGUGUGGGAACGUGGAGGGCUUGGAGGGAUGCAGCAGGGCUCCUCCCCAGCCCCAGACAGCUGCCAGCCUGGCCCCGGACCCAGCCCUGGCCCGACCAGCAUAGUCUCCGGGACCAGCGAGGACCUGCGGCCUCCCAGACGACGCCCACCUCCAGGGAAGCAAAUCCCUUGCUCCAGCCCUGGCUGCUCCCUCAGUUUUCCCAGCGUCCGCGACCUGGCACAGCAUCUUCGGACCCACUGUCCGCCCACACAGUCCCUGGAAGGCAAGCUCUUCCGCUGCUCAGCCCUGAGCUGCACCGAGACCUUCCCCAGCAUGCAGGAGCUGGUGGCUCACAGCAAACUGCACUACAAGCCCAAUCGCUACUUCAAGUGUGAGAACUGCCUCCUGCGCUUCCGCACGCACCGCUCGCUCUUCAAGCAUCUACAUGUUUGCGUGGAGAAUGCGCAGAGCCCAGCCCCGCCACCACCCCCGGCCCUGGACCGAGAGCCGCCCGCGCCCGAGCGUCCCCCGGAGGUUGACCUCGCGUCAGCGCCGGGCCUGCCGUUCCCCCUGCUGGAACCUUUCACGACCCCCGCCCCUGCCGCCACCGGACCGUUCGUGCCCUACUUGAUCCCUGCGCCCUUUGGCCUAAGCCCCCCGCGCCUGUGCCCCUUCCUGGCCGCUGCACCCGGGCCGCCGGCUUCCAGCGCCGCCGUCUGGAAAAAGAGCCAAGGUGCUGGCAGCAGCCCCCGAAGACCCCAGGGCGGCUCCAGCGCGCCCUCAGGGCACGCGGCCCCGAGCCGCAUCGUGUGGGAGCACACGCGCGGCCGCUACUCGUGCAUGCAGUGCGCCUUCUCCACGGCCUCGCGGUCCGCCAUGACCCUGCACCUGGAGGACCACCGCCCCGGCGCCCCCGCGGCCCCCGCGCCCGGGCCACCGCGCCCCGACGCCCCCGCGGAUCCGGCCCCGCUUGCACCCAAGGUGUCGCCGCUGCUUUCAGAGGGGGAGCUUCCAGUGUUCUCGCAGCUCUGAACCCUGCCGCUUUCGGGGUGGCCCAUGGGAUGAGGGUAGUUUUGUCAUUUGGAGGGGGCUGCAGGGAAGGGGGAUUGGGGUGGACAAUAAAGAAGGCGCCAUGAGCCAGCCU